CGGUGUCUUUAUUAGGGCACUUUAGUGCUGCUGGAAGCAUCAAUAUUUGUGUGCAGGGAGCUGGAAAAAUUAAAUAUACUCUGUUUUUUAAAAACUCGUUUUACAAGUUCUAAAUAAAAAAUCGAGUAUUAAGUCCAGUCAUGAGAAGGAGGCUCCUACCAGAAACUGAAGCAUGAAUCUUCUUUGUCAAUAUCAGCAGAGGCGCGUUUUCACAGCAAAACAAUAGCUAUAAACUACUCUGCCAAGACGGAGUUCGUUGUUCUCGCCGCUGUUUUUGUUUUUUAGUGAUACAUAAAAAAAAUAUUUAUUGGUAAAGUGAUCGAGACGCACCGGGAAAUUGGAAUUACUACUUUGCAGAAGGACGCAGGUGCUGAGAGUAAUCAGGUUUCAUCAUUAUGGAAGGAAAUGCUCGCCGAGACGCAGAGCGUCCAGAGGACUCCGGAGAGGAGUCCAACCCGGCCAUCCUGCCUCUCCUCCAGCCACCUGGCAACCAGCAAUCCCACAGGAUCACAAACUUCUACAUCGACAACAUUUUGAGACCAGACUUCGGCCGAAAGAGGAAGGAUGGAAGGACUUUGGUUCGUGAGGGAGACAGUCUGGGAGUGAUCCUACGAAGAGAGGAGCUGACAGGGAGAAAGGCUUCCAAAGCUGGCAGCCCUCAGCUGGGUGGAGCAGGAGGAGAGAAGGAGGACUCGGGGACGUCCGAGGACCAGCAUCUGGACACUGAGGCCGGGAGGCCUGAUCUAAUAGGCGGUGAUGUGGCAGUGAAGGACCGGGGGGACGGCGGGGAGCGCUGCCGCAGCCCUGAGGCCAGCACGGCCCCAGCAGCCAAGCCGAUGCUGUGGCCAGCCUGGGUUUAUUGUACCCGCUACUCAGACCGGCCGUCAGCAGGGCCCAGAUCCCGCAAACCAAAGAAAGCGCCGAUCCCGACUAAAGAGGACAAGCGGCCCCGGACAGCCUUCACCGCGGAGCAGCUCCACCGGUUGAAAACGGAGUUCCAGAACAACCGGUACCUGACUGAGCAGCGGAGGCAGAGCCUAGCCCGGGACCUUGGCCUCAACGAGUCUCAAAUCAAAAUCUGGUUUCAGAACAAGCGGGCCAAAAUCAAGAAAGCCACCGGGAAUAAAAACUCUCUGGCGCUGCAUCUGAUGGCGCAGGGACUGUACAACCACUCCACGGCGAAGGACGACAAGUCGGACAGCGAGUAGCCGAGCCAGAGGGAGGGAGGGGGUUAGGGGCUCUGAACCAUGCAAUAAAAUCACUCGAGUACCAGCAUUCAUAGGCUAUUUACAACUCAACCAGAGACGAUGGUAUGCGUUGUGUUUGUCUUGUGUGUGUGUGUUUGAGGUGCGUGAGAGCGCAGACUGCCGUGUGUCCGCAGGGCUGCAGGUCUGACGGUCCGAUCCAACGCCCCAAAAUGUGCUGCAUUCACGGCACAGGCACAAGGCGGAAAUUUCCAAGGUGUUCUUCCCUUUCAAAGCGCGACCUCUGUGCAUUGACAGGUCCAGUUGCUUGUGACCGUUUAAGUGUUCAGUGUUGCUGUCAGACCACUUCAGAUCAUCAGGAAGAUUUCAGAGCUCACUGUGAUAAACUGGCGACAAAACAGACAUUUGGGAUGACCUACACAUGCCACUACCGUUCAAAAGUCUGGGGUCCCUUAGAAAUGUCCUUACUUUUUGAAAGGAAAACCGUUUUUUUUCCAAUGAAGAUAACAUUAAAUGAAUCAGAAAUACAGUGCAGACAUUGCUAAUGGUUUAAAUGACCAUUUUAGCUGGAAUUUUUAAUACAUUAUUUACAUAGGGGUACAGAGGAACAUUUCCAGCAACCAUCACUCCUGUGUUCUAAUGCUACAUUGUGUUAGCUAAUGGUGCUGAAAGGCUAACUGAUGAUUAGAAAACCCUUGUGCAAUUAUGUUAGCACAUGAAUAAAAGUGUGCGUUUUCAUGGAAGACGUGAAAAUGCCUGGGUGACCCCAAAUUUUUUGAUCGGUAUUGUGUGUAAAUAAAAUAAAUUCUUCAUUAAGUUAGUUUUUUGGCCUUUUUCUUAUAUAGUACAAUGUAAAGAGAGAGACAGGAAACGUGGGUAGAAGAGUGGGGGAGUGACGUGAUAUGACUGGAACCCCUUUCCUCUGGACUACAGCUCCUGUUUAUGGGUGGCCUCUCUGAGCACCCAAGAAAGUGCGUUUUGAUGGAAUUGAGAGAAAAUCGAAUUGGAGAAUUCUGAAAAAUGUAGGUUAAAUAUCAAGCUAAGAGAAUCGAAAUUAAUGUUUUAAAUUGUUAAACGCAAUUCCCCGCCAUCUGGAAUAAACAUAUGACGUCAGAAAGGUUGUAAAUUGGAGCUAGUUUCCCCAAUCUGAGUUUUUGUCUGUUUUUCUCAAUCCAGAAUAUUCUGACUUUCACAGGAGGCAGGAUUAGUGGCUCAGAACAAGCCCAGGUCACAGAAGAACAAGCUGCUCAGAGAUAACUUCACUGACAGAGUGAGCUCUGCCCAUGAAAUGACAGAAAAGUGUUUUUCAGUUUUUCAGAAAAGAACUUGGAGAGGUCCCCUGUUAAAGCGCAGAGAGAAGGGAAGAAGUGUGCUGAAGAGCAUCCAUAGGAGGGCUGAGCGGCUCUCCGUCCCUGCAGCUCUGUGCCACCGGCAGUCUGCACACCAGCCUAUAUGCUCAAUCCAAAGAUUUUUUUCUGCUGCAUUCUGAGAACUGUGACUUGAGAAGAAUAGCCUGAACUGUGUGUUCUCUGUUUCUGACUUUGUGUGCUAUUUUUUCUGCCGUUUUCUUGCUGUGUUCCGUCUGCGUACUGCAGUGAAUGUUUACCUGUGCUGAGCCAGCAGGCCAGGCCCUCCACAGCCUGCUCAGCGCGCCCCGCCAUCUGGGAAUGUAUGGACACCUUUUCUAUCUGGAAUUAAAGGUCUACUUUGUAGAACAGGGGUGUCAAACUCAUUUCAGUUCAGGGGCCACAUUCAGCCCAAUUUGAUCUCAAGUGGGCAGUAAAAUCAUCACAUAAGCUACAAAUAAACACAACUCCAAAUAUUUCCCUUAGUUUAAAAGCAAAAAAGUGCAUUCUGAAAAUGUUCACAUUCAAUGAACUCUCUUAACAAAACAUGAUGAACAUUCUGCAGUUCCUUAAGCAAAAAAAAAAAAAAAAAGUGAAAAUUCAACAAUAUUAAGCUUCACUUUACCAUUUGUGCAUGGCAAUUUACAGAUCACAGUAUCUACAAAGGCAUUUAGUCACACGUAUCUGGAACGGAAAAAUAUUUUACAACUUGCCAAGAAAUUAUUUGAAAUUCCCAUUCAUUUCCACAUCUGUGUAGUAAUACUGUCACACCACAGCACACAAAGUGGGAAUUAUUAAGGAAAAGGUUAAGCUCGCCUCCUGCCUUACAAAUGCAGAAAAUUUAUACAUAAAAAAAUGCAUAAAAAUGGCAGCAGUGCAUCAACAAAAGGGUUCAACCAAACCAAACUCUGCCGUACUGAAGCUGCUGCCUCACAUUACAGAGCACAACGUUCACUGCCUGGAUUCAUUUUCACCUCUGUGAUUUUUACACUUUGCGAAGUCAUUCCUCGGGCCGGAUUGGACCCUGUGGGGGGCCGGUUUUGGCCCGCGGUCCGCAUGUUUGACACCCCUGUCUGUUUGAUGCAAAACUGAUCCUCAAAAGAUUUAGCAUCAGACUCACACGGACACAACUGGUUUGGAUUAGAACACAUUUUCUGAUUUUAGAGACUCAAAAAUGCGUCUUUUUUAUUUCCUAUCAAAUUGUCUAUUUAAGCUCCCAGUAUUAAAAUGUGUCCAUAGCUAUAUCUUUCUUAUUGACCUUUACACAUUUCGGCCAAAUCCUGGACCUACAGGCUACACGUACAUCCACGAAUGUUCAAGGAAAUGGUUUUAUUUGUUGUUAAGGAAGACCGUUAUAUUGUUAUUUAUAAUACAAGCAGCAUCUAUAGCCAUGUGGAAAUGGGGCUCUGGAGUGUUUACAUAACUUAUUUUUCUUGCAAUAACUUUUUCUUUUCUUUCUGUUUGAGUGCAUCAUCUCUGCGGGUCUGCUGUGUGUAGAUCCAAACCAAAUCGUGGUCUUACGAUGCUGUGAAUGUUACUAUCAUCGUUAUUAAUAUUGUUUCAGUUUGUGUUUAUCGGUUCUAAGUCUCGCAUUCAGUCACAAACCUGGACAAGCUUCUGCCUUAAAGUUCUGUAAAUACAACCUGGAAAUAUUUACAGUGUUAUAAAGAAAGAGCACUUGUGUUUUCUAUGCCGCAAAAGGGAUUUUUUUUUUUAAAUUAGGACUUUUAAGAUAAAAAUAUUAGUUGUUUCUUCCCUCGCCGCUGAAAUCCUCUUUUAUAUACAGUAUGUAAAUAAUUUAUAUCUGAAUGGUGUGAUAGUAAAUAAACGACAUCGAUGCUGAA